UGGCUCACGGACUAGAUGGCAGCAUUAACAACAAUAACUCUAAGGGCACUUGAACACACCACAAGUCAUAUUUCCGACUUCCUCACUAGGGGGAGUGGUAGUUUACGGGCAGCACCUGAACGCAGCACAGCAUUAGCACUCCUCCGGCGGCCGAGAGCAGAGAAGAUGCAGACUAUAAAGUGCGUGGUGGUCGGUGACGGUGCGGUGGGGAAAACUUGCCUCCUCAUCUCCUACACCACCAACAAGUUUCCCUCCGAAUACGUCCCCACGGUGUUCGAUAACUAUGCAGUGACAGUGAUGAUCGGCGGGGAGCCGUACACUCUGGGGCUGUUUGAUACUGCAGGUCAGGAGGACUACGACAGGCUGCGACCCCUCAGCUACCCUCAGACCGACGUCUUCCUCGUCUGUUUCUCUGUCGUAUCGCCCUCCUCCUUUGAGAACGUCAGGGAGAAGUGGGUGCCAGAGAUUUCACACCACUGCCCGCGGACGCCCUUCCUGCUGGUCGGGACUCAGGUGGAUCUGAGAGACGACAGCAACACUCUGGAGAAACUGGCCAAGAACAAACAGCGGGCCCUGACCUGCGAGAGCGGAGAGAAACUGGCCCGCGAGCUCAAGGCCGUCAAAUACGUGGAGUGCUCAGCUCUUACACAGAGAGGACUGAAGAACGUGUUCGACGAGGCCAUCCUGGCGGCUCUGGAGCCUCCAGACAACAAACCCAAGAAGCGCUGCGUCCUGCUAUAGACGCCACAAGAGGAAGAGGAGGUGGAGGUGGAUUGGGGAGAAGGAGGAGGAGAGGGGAGGGGGGGGUGAUGAACCCAGAUGGGAAGAGAGGGCGGGAGUAACCAACGGGGGGAGGGAGAGGGUGUGAAGGUGGAUGAGGUAGACACAUGUUUAAACAGUGCCUUCAGCCGUAGUGACUUAAUGUGGGUGUGGUGUUGGAACAGACGGGCUCUCGACAGGCUUUAUUUUCAUCAGAGAUACAAUGUCGAUAUAAUAUGACUAACACAUGCGAGCAACACUCCUCACUAACCAGGAAAAGGGAGGGUUUUAACUUUAGGAGGAGGCAGGUUGAGCAAUAGAGAGGUUUGAACCUCAGAUGUCUCACAGCUGAAGACGAUGCAACGUUAAUGACAUUAACCACGAGCCACCAAUCUGAUUAAAACAACGGGAAGAGAACAUUCCUGGAGCCAAAACAGAGGCGUUUUAAUGUAAAGAGACAGACGUGAAAACAUGACCCAGUUGGUGAGCAACGUUCCCCGCAGCUCGGUGGUUCAUCGGAGGGUCAACCUCCACACAAGCGACGACUGUAACCUGACUUCAUCCAGAGGAGAUUCAGCUCGCUUGGAUCAGAACAGGCACGUUAGAUUAUUCUUCUGCUUUGCAGCGUAAAAGAAAACAGACACAUAAACACACGCACAUGUAAUAGUUAAUAAAUAGACGAUCGAAGCUGCAAACUCGACAUCUCCAAACCGUUCAUUUGGAACAGACAGAGUUUCACAAGUUUCUCGAGCCGUCUGUCGACAUAAAAAAAACGAUUUUUGACUUUUUUUUAUCGUUGUUUUGUCUUUGCACGUUCUUUUCUCUGCUGUCGCGCUGCCUUUUCUCUCUCCGGACGUCUCACUGUGGACACAUCCUCAACACUCAAACCCUCACCACCUCAUAUUAAGUAUUAAGGGUGUUGCAUUAUCAUAAAUAAAUCAAAACUACUUUCAUUCAGAACAUAAAUCGUGCUGUUUUCUUUUAAUUAAAGCCGUCACAGGAGUAGACAUGCAGGCUAUCAUCUGAGCUGAAGUGGUUUACAGUAAUUAAACCCAGUGAUAAAUUGGCAUUGUGUUGCACCUCUGAGCGCACAAAGGUUUCACCUCAUUAUUUUUUACAAACUUGAGUUUGUGUGUUUAAACUUCCGGCUGCCACAGUAGUUCACUAUAACUGCCUUAAAAUCUUUUCUUUCCUACUCGAGAACUUUGCUGCCUUAUUGCCGAAAGCCAGUCGAAUCCUUAAAAACAUGAUGUAAUGUGUUUUAAGUCCAAAGGUUUUGGGGUGAACUUCAACUUAAAUCUGCUAUUUUACACGUUUUUCACGUUCUGGCUGAGCCAAAAUGUGAAAGUCUUGUUUCCCAGCAGUCCUCUUUCUUACCUUUUAAAAAUGUUAACAUCACACCUGACCUUGCUGACUCUCCAUGUUUAAAAAAACAAACAUAUUUGUGUGGAUUAAACCUUUUUAAAUAUAUAUUAAAUAUGUUAAAUGGGAUCUAAACUUUCAGCAGACGUGGCUACGGAGCAAACAUUUCACACAUGACCUCCUCCACAUCAUGUCGUCCACUCCUGCUCCUGCUUCGUUCUCCUCCUUGGCCUGACUGGAACCUCAAGUGCUCCUCUGUGUGUUAGCACCUCCUGGAGGCCUUAAAGGGGAAACGCCGCUCAGUUUAAAGGUUCAUCUGUGUUGUCACUUUGGCCAACUGCAGACUAAUCUAAAUCAAAUCAUUAAGACUUGAACCUAUGAUGUAGGUAAUGUAGGUGUAUUGAUUCAAACUCACACUCCAGCAAUAAAUAAUAAAUGAAAUGAUCAAAGCUUUGACUUUCCUCUCUUAAUCUUUGCUAAAUAAUAUGAUAACGGUUCACUGACUGGGGAUUUGAGGGCUUGUUUUUUCGAUUUUUAAGUUGGAAUAAUUGAUCAAAUAUCAUUUGUGUAUUAUAAAUUAUAGUUUGUGUCUCUCUAAUAUCUUUGGCCAAAGGGAUAACAACUUAAAUCAUUAAACUGAAGGUUUUCCUCAUUAAAAUGAACUAAAAUUCCACUUUGCUUUUUUGGAGUGUUUUGGAGAUUACAGUUUAUUCUGAUAAUGUAUGGAUAAUAAUUACAAGUAUUAUAUAUAUAUUUUUCUUUGCUCCUUAUUGUUUCCUGGGGAACAUUAUUUUAUCCGUUUUUUUUUUUUGUUUUUUUUUGACACUUGAGUUUUUAUUUCUUUUUUUUUUUUCUUUUUAGAUAUUUGUACUAUUACUUGACGGUUGAGUGCCAACGGUUUAAGAGAUAAUCAGCCCGCUCGGCCUGGUUUGACAAACUAAACAAUCCUCAUGAUAAGCUUGUAAAGACAAAAACAACAUGAUAACAGCUGGAGCAAUAAUUACAGAUGUGGAAAACUGCUCUGUAUCAAAAGAUGAAUGUUGGAACUGGUGGGUGUUUUGGAAAUAAUAAAAACAGUACUUGAAUGUUGUUUCACAA